AUGAAAAUAACAAUGGCUUCACAAAAAGUUGUAAGAAAAAUAAUAUCAACUUCAUUAAGUCCAAAACCUGUUGGACCUUACAACCAAGCAGUACUUGUAGAUCGUACUUUAUAUCUGUCCGGAGUUCUUGGUCUUAAUAUGAAAACUCAGAAGCUUGCUGAAGGAGGUGCUGUUGCUGAAGCUCGUCAAGCCCUCACAAAUAUGGGGCAUAUUUUAAAAGAAGCUGGAUCUGAUUAUAAUAAAGUUGUUAAAACAACGAUCUUAUUACAAAACAUGGAUGAUUUUUCUGGCAUAAAUGAAAUUUACAAAGAAUUUUUCAAAGAGAACUAUCCAGCCCGAUCCACAUAUCAAGUUGGAAAAUUACCUAUGGGAGCUCAAUUUGAAAUUGAAGCUAUUGCUAUCAUUGGUAAUGUAGAAACAAUUUCAACAUUGUAAGUGAUGAAUGUUAAAUUUGUAAAAAUGUAUAUAUAAUUUUAUACGUUAAUAAAUUUCAACCCGUUAAAAUGUU